CUGAUAUGUGCUUCCAAGAACUUUGCUUGGAAUAAUCCUAUUUAUACUGGUACUUUCCACUUCCAGACUUAUCUUGUAGUUAGCCAUGAGAUCAGAAGGUUUUCCGAAAGUGAUUCCAUCACUAUCCAAAACUAUAAGUUGUCUUGAAAUGAAGGGCUUUGAUCAUGUUGAUAGUCAGCUUGAUUCAACCCGUUCUCACUCUUUAAACUCACUAGCCGUGGAAACUAAAGCUUUUGCUGAACAACAGAGCGGCAUAAUGCAUUCCAUUUCCAUUAGUCCUUUAAAAACUCAUUUAGUGAGUCCAAAAGGAGCUGGCCUCAAUAAUAUCAGUGAGACUAUAAUAGAUGUCACUGAUUCUAUUGGUACCACACAGAAUAAGCAACCUAUGUGUUAUUCUCAGACAACAACGACGCCUAGAGGUACAUUGUUUCCUGAAUCUCCUGCAAGUGGAAAACUUCCCAGCACUCCAUGGAGGAAUCCCAGAAUUAAUAAGCUAAAGGAUACAAGAUUUGACUCUUUUAAAACAUGGUCGGGUAGACUUGAGAGACAAAUAUCAGUUUUGCGUGGAAAGAGCCGUGAAAGAGAGCAAGAGCUUAUUUAUCGACCAAGUACUGAGACAGAAACUAUUCCUGUGGAUCGAUACUUUGAUGCCUUGGAAGGGCCAGAAUUGGACACCUUAAGGGCUUCUGAGGAAAUUAUUCUUCCAGAAGACAGAAAAUGGCCAUUUCUUCUUCGUUUCCCUAUUUCUUCCUUUGGUAUCUGUCUUGGUGUUGGCAGUCAAGCUAUAAUGUGGAAGAACCUGGCCACUUCUGCCUCGACAAAUUUCCUGCACGUGAGCUUGAAAGCAAAUCUUGGGCUGUGGGGCAUAUCUGCGGCACUUAUGGCCAUUAUCUCCGUCGUUUAUGCUCUGAAAAUUAUUUUCUACUUUGAAGCUGUUCGUCGCGAGUACUACCAGCCAAUACGUGUUAACUUUUUCUUUGCUCCCUGGAUAGCACUUCUGUUCUUAGCACUUGGAGUUCCAGCAUCAGUCACCCAAAACCUGCACACAUCUUUAUGGUACAUUCUAAUGGCUCCAAUCUUUUGUCUACAGCUAAAGAUAUAUGGGCAAUGGAUGUCAGGAGGACAGCGAAGACUCUCAAAGGUAGCAAAUCCCUCGAAUCAUCUCUCAAUUGUUGGGAAUUUCGUGGGCGCAUUGCUUGGUGCAUCCAUGGGUCUAACUGAAGGGCCAAUUUUCUUCUUUGCUGUUGGAUUGGCUCAUUACAUAGUUAUGUUUGUAACUCUCUACCAGAGACUCCCAACAAAUGAGACACUCCCAAAGGAACUUCAUCCUGUCUUCUUUCUCUUUGUUGCUGCACCUAGUGUCGCUUCUAUGGCAUGGACAACGAUCCAAGGGUCUUUUGAUCAUGGAUCUCGGAUUUCUUAUUUCGUUGCAUUGUUCCUUUAUUUUUCACUGGCUGUUCGCAUUAAUUUCUUCCGGGGCUUCAAGUUUUCAUUGGCUUGGUGGGCCUACACUUUCCCUAUGACAGGAGCUGCUAUUGCCACAAUCAGGUACUCACUUGUAGUUACCAACGUGGCGACAAAGUGCCUAGCCAUCAUACUUUGUGCUCUUUCUACACUCACAGUAACAGGACUGCUUGUGACAACCAUCAUUCAUGCCUUUGUUCUGAGAGACCUCUUUCCCAAUGAUAUUUCCAUUGCAAUUAGCGAAAGACCAAUACCAACUCGGAAAUGGUAUCUUGGAAGAUCUGCUAGCUCAGAUGCCAAACAUAUUGAUCAAUACCUUAAGUAUGUUGAUUCUUCUCAAGGCAAAGAUAUUGAGGCUUCUCUCACACAUCCAAACUCUUUUAACUAGAGUCCAGCACCUUCGCCAUAAACAAUGAUUCAUUGAAUUCCAAUAUCAAAAAUUGUUUCUAGCAUCUCUUGUAAAACUCAAGUCUUAAUCAAGUGAGGAGCAUCUAGUUUUUGGGUCGGUCCUGUGAACUUGAUGUUGAGUGGAACUCUUUUGAAGGUUCUUAUAAAGAGGAAAAGUCAAACACUAUGAGAGACGUAAAUUAUGUAAGUGUCUAAGUAUUCGUUUUGUGUAAAUUCAGGAAAUGAAUGUUCCUAUUUCUAUUAAUAAGAAGGUCCGUCAAUUUUUUUGA